UCUUCAUCCUCUGUACUUUCCUCGUCUGCCACCUCCGUGCCCAAAUCACCUUCUGUCUUCUUCUCCUCGGCGCCCAGUUCAAGUAACACGGCCAACUCGUCACCAGCUGUUUCUUCAUCUCCGCCUUCGCCGUCGUCCACGAUGUGCAGUGCUCCGAAUACUGCCACCUUUUCCACCAAUUCCACUGCAGGCUCCUCGACGACUGUCCUGCCACAUUCAACCGUAGAUCAGUCGGGCUCUGAGAGUGAACGUUUCAAGUCCUCCUCUUCCUCAUCUUCUUCCUCCUCCUCCUCCUCUACCUCUUCCUCAUUCUCUUCCGCCUCCUCUGUAUCCCCCUCCCCCUCCUCUUCUUCACCAACUCCUCUUUCUCCACACUCUUCCUCCCUUGCCUCCACUACUCAGCCGAUCUUUAGUCCGGAGGCAGCUGUAUCAACCUCGCCUCCGUCACGGCCCUUUGCGGUAGCGGCAAACAAGGCAACACCGUCAGCAGUCAGAGUCACGACUACAGUGACCGGGAUCCCCUUGGCGACUGAAAACAACGCCAAUUCAUCUUCAGACAGUGGGGCUGUGAUUACCAGGCACAACAGCCAGACCGAGCCCGGCUCAACCGGCCUGAUCGCCACUCCACCUGCGCAUGGUCUUCUCACCAAUUGCUCUCAGUCAGUUUGUAAUGGACUCCUACCUUCUGGCAGAUACCAGCAUCGGUAA